AGGUGGCUAGCACUGCAGAUAAUGAGAAUACACUCUUCUACCCAAAAAAGCAUAAAAGAAAAACAUCCAAAAAGCGCCAACGAUACUCCUUUUACGUGUUGUGACCCGAAUAUUAGUAUUAGCAAUAUUACUUUAAGCCAGGGGUCGGGAACCUUUUUGGCGGAGAGAGCCACGAAAGCCAAAUAUUUUAAAAUGUAUUUCUGUGAGAGCCAUAUAAUAUUUUUUUAACACUGAAUACAACUAAAUGCAUGCAUUUUUAAGUAAGACCAACAUUUUUAGAGUACAAUAAGUCUCUUAUUAUUUGUAAUAAAUGUUUUAUUCUGAAGCUAACCAAUAAUAAAUUAAAUACUUCUUACCAAUAAUGCGACUUCUUGAACAGGUGCGGCAGAAAAUGGAUGGAUGGAUUAAAAUGCAUGUGAAUGUUUUCCAUUCUGAACGUUAUUUUUAACAAUGUGAUUACCAGAAAAAAUAUUCAUUACUUAUUGUGUUAAGCAAUGUCAGCUAAGAUUUAUCUGUGUCAGAGUUAGUUGGUGACGAACCCCAAGAUGCAAAGAUGGAGGCAGGCAUGGAGUGAGAAAACAUGAUUUUAUAAAGAUACUAAAACAAGAACAAACCAAAGGGGUACAACAAAAGGCGCGCACAAGGCAGAUAACUAACUAAGAGAGCUAGCAUGGGAGCUAGAAAAUAAAAGGAGCUUAGCAUGGAAGCUAGAAAAAACAAAAAGGGGCCUAGCGUGGAAGCUAGCGUGUAGCGAGCAAGAAAACAGAAGUCGUUACUUGUAGAAUGAAAACAAAACAGAAGCAGGGAACAAAAGACAGUAAGCUACAAACAGAAACCGAAAUGUAGCUUACCGCUACGCUGCAAUGACACGACACGAAACGACACGACAGGAGCGACAAUACCGAAGUGACAUCGACAAUAUUUCAGCACUGACUGGAUGGGAAGACAGGUCUAAAUAGGAGCGGGCUGAUUGACACCAGGUGUGGCCAGGUGCCAAUCAGCCGCAGCUGAAGGGACACAGCACUCAGGGAGAAAGACAGAGCGCUGACAGGAACUAAAGACUAUAUUACACAAACACACAGGAAAAACUAAAACACAAACACACUGUCAGGGGCAAACCUGACAAUCUGAGAGCCAGAUGCAGUCAUCCAAAGAGCCACAUUUGGCUCUAGAGCCAUAGGUUCCCUACCCCUGCUUUAAGCGCUAACGCAGGAAAACUAUUUUAUUGGCACAUUGAUCACAGAGCGCGAACUAGCUUAUGCUGCUAUAUUGACACAUUGAGAUGCUACAUCGCCUCUAAGUGGAUGAAAGUUAAUUCUAGAUCAUAAAUCAUGCCUCUCACCUGGACAGUAGAAGGUUGUGUACAUACCCGUGAUACAAGAAUAUUGCCAACAUGAGAAAGACGCGAAAAUACACUUUUUUGCGAAAAUCUUUUUUAAACCAUCGUUAGGAUUAUGAUUAAUUCUUCAUCUAAAUGGGAAGAUAUAAACAUCCCAUCUGUCGGCGUCCCACUGAGAGCAGACAUUGUACUCAAGAACAGUCAAGGACGCUGAAGGCGAAGACGACUGGUUGGAAGGAUGUUGGAGCCUGCAGUACCGCUGCUUCUCCUGCUGGGGGCGAUACAGCCUCAAUCAUCUGAGGCAGAAAUCAGUAGGGGUUUGAACUUCCUGGUGGUUUUUCCAGAGAAUGUGGCCUACUUUUACCCCGAAGGCCCUCAGAACCAGGUGCAGGUGACUGCUCUGUACCGCGACACUCACGUCACGGUUAACACAUCCAGCCAAGUAGAGAGUCGGACUCUGAGCGCCGCUGAAACUCAGCGCUUCUUCUUCUACCGCCAAGACGAACUGCGCCGGAAGCAUGUGUCCAACAGGGUGGUCCGGGUGAGCAGCACCAAGGUCAUCGUGGUCCAAGCCCUCAGCCUUAAGGCCGACAGCGUCCAGAGCGCUCUGGUUCUGCCCAUAAAGAGACUAGGCACUGAGUACUUCAUCCCGCCGAUACCCAGAAUCCAAGGCACCACUGAUCCGGCCGACGCAGUCAGCGUCAACGUGACGGAGCGAGGCCCCUUCAGGCUUGUCGUCGUCAACGCGGACAAACAAAACAAAGUCAUGCUGGAAGGUGAUGACAUCGCAGAGUCAGAGCUGGAGCCGUAUCACGCCGCUCAGUUUUGGCUGACGGUCGACGACGCUUGGACGGUCCUGAGGGUCCAACACCCGGCGGCGGUGCUGUUCAGUCACACGUGUGCCAUGAUUCACAAUUGUAGCUGCUCUUUGCUGUACGCCACGCUGCCGCCUGCCACACAGCAGAGGAAGACUUUCUUCAUCCCCAUGGCACUCUCCAGGGACCAAACCUCCCUGCUUCUGUCCCAGGAACAACGGUCCACAACAGAGGACUUGGACCCAAACACCCCUCUGGUGGAGAUCACUGGAAACGUCCUCCUCCACCGGCCUGGCAUGCUCCUCCCACUCAUCUCGGAGGCUGACUUUGCUUCCUGUUACGUCGUCACCGCCAUUCCAAGCAUUCAGAACUCUGCAGUGAUCGUGGUCCACAAGGACCUCACUGACGGGGUCCAUGUUGGAAGAGAUGCUGCAGAGAACGCUGCGUGGGAGAAUCUAAAGGGGACGGAUCACGUCUCCACAGUUGUUGAGUUGACGUCGGAUACCGCCAUCUGGCACAGUUCCCACAAAAUUGCCGUCUACUACAUGGGAGAAAGGGGCGGUGCUCUGUUUGGGAAUCCGGCGCCUGCCGUCAGUCAGACCUCAGAUCCCAGAGGCUGCGUCCUGUCACCUGACAUUCUAGAAGUUGGCCAAGAGGCGGUAAGCUGGCAGGAGUCCGUCAAGUACUGCCGAGGCAAAAACCUGCAGCUGGUCAGCUUGUCCACGCUACCGCUGCAGAACUACGUCCACGCUAAAGUCCAGCAGGUACAAGACGUCGACCUUAGGCGGGCGUGGAUCGGCUUGCGUCGUAGUUGGCUGACUGGAGAGUGGUACUGGCUCAACAAGGCGCCAGUCACCGACACCAGAUGGAAGGGGGCGGAGCCAAGCAGUGCACAGGGCAGCCAGUGUGGGACCGUGAGUCUAGAAGCGGGUCAGGACUUUAGCUGGAGCGAUGACGACUGUUGCCAACCAGUCCGUCCCAUUUGCUACCGUGAACCGGUUCUCUUCCCCGUGCAGUAGAUCUCAUGCUAGUGUGUACAUGUAUGUGUGUGUGUGUGUGUGUGUGUGUGUGUGUGUGAUACCUGAUACCUUAAAGGCCUACUGAAACCCACUACUACCGUCCACGCAGUCUGAUAGUUUAUAUAUCAAUGAUGAAAUAUUAACAUUGCAACACAUGCCGAUACGGCCUUUUUAGUUUACUCAAUUGCAAUUUUAAAUUUCCCGCCAAGUGUCCUGUUGAAAACGUCGCGGAAUGAUGACGCUUAUGUUGACGCGUGCUUGUGACGUUAUUGGUUGGAGCGGUCAUUUUAUCCCAGCACCACUCACGGCUGAAAGUCUUCCGGUUUUAAUCGCAUAAUUACACAGUAUUCUGGACAUCUGUGUUGCUGAAUCUUUUUUUCAAUUUGUUCAAUUAAUAAUGGAGACGUCAAAGAAGAAUUCUGUUGGUGGAAAGCGGUGGAUUGCAGCUGUCUUUAGCACCGAAACACAGCCGGUGUUUCUUUGUUUGUUGUGAAGCUUUAAUAUGGAACAGAGCGGUCAAGCGAACAUGUUUCUCUACCACAUGUCAACCGGCAGGUUUCGGUGAGAAAAUUGUGGUAAUAAGUCGGCUCUUACCGUAAACCAAUCAAUCAAUGUUUACUUGUAUAGCCCUAAAUCACUAGUGUCUCAAAGGGCUGCACAAACCACAACACAAACCACUACCACAUCCUCGGUAGGCCCACAUAAGGGCAAGGAAAACUCACACCCAGUGGGACGUCGGUGACAAUGAUGACUAUGAGAACCUUGGAGAGGAGGAAAGCAAUGGAUGUCGAGCGGGUCUAAAAUGAUACUGUGAAAGUUCAAUCCAUAAUGGAUCCAACACAGUCGCGAGAGUCCUGUUCAAAGCGGAUCCAACACAGCAGCGACGGUCCCUUUCACAGCGGAGCCAGCAGGAAACCAUCCCAAGCGGAGGCGGAUCAGCAGCGCAGAGAUGUCCCCAGCCGAUACACAGGCAAGCAGUACAUGGCCACCGGAUCGGACCGGACCCCCUCCACAAGGGAGAGUGGGACAUAGGACAAAAAGAAAAGAAACGGCAGAUCAACUGGUCUAAAAAGGGAGUCUAUUUAAAGGCUAGAGUAUACAAAUUGGUUUUAAGGUGAGACUUAAAUGCUUCUACUGAGGUGGCAUCUCGAACUGUUACCGGGAGUACUGGAGCCCGAACGGAAAACGCUCUAUAGCCCGCAGACUUUUUUUGGGCUUUGGGAAUCACUAAUAAGCCGGAGUCUUUUGAAUGCAGAUUUCUUGCCGGGACAUAUGGUACAAUACAAUCGGCAAGAUAGGAUGGAGCUAGACCGUGUAGUAUUUUAUACGUAAGUAGUAAAACCUUAAAGUCACAUCUUAAGUGCACAGGAAGUCAGUGCAGGUGAGCCAGUACAGGCGUAAUGUGAUCAAACUUUCUUGUUCUUGUCAAAAGUCUAGCAGCCGCAUUUUGUACCAACUGUAAUCUUUUAAUGCUAGACAUGGGGAGACCCGAAAAUAAUACGUUACAGUAAUCGAGACGAGACGUAACAAACGCAUGGAUAAUGAUCUCGGCGUCUUUAGUGGACAGAAUGGAGCGAAUUUUAGCGAUAUUACGGAGAUGAAAGAAGGCCGUUUUAGUAACGCUUUCAAUGUGUGACUCAA